GCUGGCCAAUGGCUGGGCGAGGCACAGACUUUUUUGGGGGAAGUGCAUAAUAAUCAACAUAUUAGCCAAGGUGCUUUUUAGAUAUCGAUCCUCUAGUGCGAGCUAGUUGGAUUUAUCCCACCGUGUGGACAUUUGCAAGGCUUGACCUUAUAGCUUCGCGUCAUUUUUUCCCCGUGCUUUUCCGUUGACUAGCAACAAUGCCGAAGAGGAAGUCUCCUGAGGGUCCCGAGGGCAAGGACAGCUCCAAGUUCACCAAACAAGAGCCCAUCAGGAGGUCCGCGAGGUUGUCAGUGAAACCUACACUGCCGAAGCCCGAGGCCAAAGCCAAGAAGGUUGUCGUCAAGAAGGUGGCUGAUGAAAAGGGGGCGAAGCCACGGAAAGGCACCACCAAAGGGAAGAAGGAAGACAGCCCUGCCCAGAACGGAGAUGCCAAGACUAACGAGAUCUUUGUUUGUCGUCCAUCUGUCAGUGUGUCUUCCAUCAGAAGCUCAGCUCCCUCCACCAUGUCAGUGCGAGGGCAGAGCGAGACAGUCAGAGUGAAGGGCAACUGAGGCCGCUGAGGAGAAGGCGUAAGGACAACGGGCGCCACUUUUUUUGUUCCCAUUUUCCUACCGACAAAUUUUUUGUAACAUGCUAAUUUUUUUGUAGACUUGUGAUAGAUGCUAGAGAUGAAUGGCCAGCGUUCCCUAAAAUCCCCAUAUAAUGUCCACACUCCUCUUAACUUCCCAACAGUACCUUCACAAUCAAAACUUUUCUUAUUUUUACUCUUUUUUAUUUUUAUUUUAAAUUUUUUUUUUUUAAUGAGAAACAGCUGCAUAUGUUCUUCAUCCUGAUCUCCACAGUAGUCAUUUUAUUUUAUUAGUAGUAGUCAUAUUUUUAAAGAAAGUGGCAGUCACUGUGGAGAACAACUGCAGCACUUUUACAGCUCUUCCUUUUCAGAAUGGCCCAUAGCUUCUUUUUGUAUGCAUGUGCUGGGCUGGGCGUGAUGGUGGGUCUCCUGUGUUCGAUUUCCCAACAUUUUUCUGUCUCUUACACUCAAACCCCCCCUCCCCCGCCCAAACACACACACCCACACCCUAAUUCCCUUGUCCUGCUGCAGAGUGACAUAGCAAUAAGCAGCGGUGCUCGUGUUCUAGAGGCGCCUCAAUUGGCUUCAGUCUGUUGGGAGAGUAUUUUCAAAUAAAAAGAAAAAGUUGACAACUUC